CAAAACUUGGAAAAAUUGUUGAUUAUUUAAUAAAUACUACAUCUUACUUCAUUGGAUAUACUAAAUAUAAGCCAAAAGAUAAAUGGCAUCAUUUUGUUAAAAUUAAUACAAAUGAAGUUGAUUUGGCUUUAUUAAAAAAAUUAUUUAUGGGUGAAUUAAUUGAAGAAAAAGAUCAAGCAAUCU